UCCUGUCUCUAUCCGGUUAAACAGCUGGGUCUCUGCACGGAGAGAGACAAACGUGAUUCUGCUCUGCUGUGUGUGUGACAGAGGCGACAUGGCUAGGAUAAAAAAUAUUGGGAUUAUUGCUUUUCUAAUGCCUUCGCUUUAGAAGGCAUUACAUAAGAAAAUAAAAAGGAUGAGAUGAGGCCUACGAAGACGAGACAUCCACAUCGCCACAUGAAAUGAUGAGCGCCAAUUCGACUCAAACACGCAAGGACUGAACACUCGGGAUUGCCAUUUAUGAAGGAGAUGCAGAAUUUCAUUAACAUAUGGAGCUUUUGUUAACGAUUUGUUUUUCGUUGGUUUGUUUUAGCCUAGACUACCAUCGAAAAACUGGCGUUAUGUUUCAUCUCUGGGGAUAAGACGAGAAAGCUGAGCCUUGACCUCAUUCAGACUGCCUUCCAUUGGCUCUGGAGGAGGUGGGCUGAAUCAUCCUGACUCGAGAGGUUCUGUCUAUGCAUUACUYUCGAGAUACGUACAUCAACAAGCUAUGGAGUGGAACCUCUUGCUCAAACGGCUCAAGGUCGAGGUACAUCUAAGGACAUUUGACCAGUAYGGUCUACCAACUCGUGAUUCCUGUUCUUCUCGUUCUGAGAAUUAUUGUAGAUCACAAGAAUCGUUUUGCUGAGAUGAGUAGACAAGGGGGUAUGUUACUGGGAUAGAAUGCUCUGUAUAUGUUUGGAGCCAGCGGCAGGCUGAGAUAAAGAGGGGAUCGAUGGCCAAYCRCCUCUACAGACUGCAGCGUUUCCUCCGGAGGGCCCAGCUGUUCCUGCUCUUCCUGGGUGUGGCCUACAUCAUGGCCGGGAGCGUCCUGCUGCUCCAACGGGCCAGCCUGGUGGUGACCCAACGAGGGGCCACCAGCCCUCCACUGCCCUCCCUGCCCUCCAUGCCAUCACCACCCCGGGCCCUGGAGCUAGGGAUYCCACCCGUGAGGGUAGGAGGCUACGGGAGCAGGAGCUCACGGAUCAUGGCCAGGGGGCAGGGGUACCAGCCUGGGAGCCUGUUGGACAACAGGACUGGAGCACGCUGGCUCAUGUCGAGGAAUCUGGAGAUCCGACACCUGCGGCGGCGCUGGUUCCACAGCCUGAUGACGGAGAAGGAUAUGUCACAGGUGGAGAGGAGCACCCCCAGGAGGAAUGUGCCUCACAAAGGUUCUUACAUAGGCUGCUUUCUGGAUAAUUCCAAGGAGCGGGCUUUAAGGGGGUUUGUAUUUACGGAUUUCCGCAAAAUGACCAGCACCAUGUGCCAGGAUACCUGCUCAGCGAGUGGCUACCAGUUUGCUGGUCUGGAGUAUGGGUCGGAGUGUUACUGUGGCAACCACAUCACCAGCCUGCGUGUGAGAGACAAGGAAUGUAACUUGGACUGUAAAGGGGAGAAAGGCUCAAUGUGUGGCGGUGUUGGGCGRCUGUCAGUGUUCACGGUGGAGGAUGUGCUUCCAGGCCAGAGGAGAUGUGAGUAUCAGGGACCUGUUCCAAUCUUGAGAGCUGGGGAAAAAACCAGGAGAUGUGAGUACAUGGACCUGGUCCAAAUCUUGAGAGCUGGGGAAACAGAAGAUGUGAACAGGAACGUGCGUUACCGCGGCUGCUUCAGGGAGCCUGAAGAACAGCUCCUCUACAUCUCUUGGUCCAAUGUGCUCCAGCUCAACCUCACCUCCCAGUCCUGCAUAGAGGCCUGCAUGAACAAGGGUCUGACCUACCAGACACCUGUCCAAGACUCCAGAUGCACAGAGAAGAAGUUCCUACCAGAGAAGUCCAGUUCAUUGGUAGCGCUCUCCAGCUUCCCAGGAGCAGGCAACACCUGGGUCAGACACCUCAUAGAGUUGGCCACAGGAUACUACACAGGAAGCUACUACUUCGAUGGAACCCUUUACAACAGAGAGUGGCCUGAGUUUGUGAGCAGCUACGCCUCCUGGUGGGCAUCCCACGUACUGGACUGGCUGCGGUUCGGCCAACGGGUCCUAGUGGUCCACUUCGAGGAACUCCAGACAGCGCUGGUGCCCCGGCUACGAUCCAUCGCCUCCUUCCUCAACACCACAGUGACCGAGGACAGACUGCUGUGUGCCGAGAGCAACCAGGAUGGACASUUUAAACGCUCCGGGGCCCGACAGKCCACCUUCGACCCCUUCACACCCGACAUGAGAGGACUGAUAGACGGGCUGAUCCGUGCUGUGGACCAGGCUCUCCGMGACAGAAACCACACAGGCCUUCCACUGGAGUAUCUGCCCAGAUGAUGGACKGCUYAACUCUGAUAACCCUGAUCUCUACCUUGUCCACUACCCUGUCCCUCCUCAGUUUUCACUGCCUUAAAGCUGUGGUGGCACGGAUGGAUGGAUACCRCCAAUCCAACUCAAGAGAAAGCGUUUCAAAUCAGGAAUGUGCCCUGCAAAGGAAACAUAGAGGCUAUUCUCACAAAGCACUUUUUAUGCUUUAGAAGCGCUGGUUUAUUAAAGUGCUGUUUUUCUGUUUUAGAUGUGUUUUGGUUUUUGGGACAUUGCCUUAUUGGAGGUGAACUGAUAAGUGUACCAAACAAUGGAAACAGUUUCCUCUGUUUUAAAUCAACUCUAAAUAAAKWGUACCUCCUAUAAAAACUAUAGGCUACAUCCUGUGGUACAAUCCACUUUUGAGUUUUGUUUUUGUGAUCAAAAUAUAAAAACUCAAUAUAUUGGAUUACAGCAUAAUAAAGUGACAUUUCAAAUA